AUGGAGCAUCUUCCCGCACUAGGCACAGCCAUCGGAGAAAUCGUCAAGCCAACAUUGCAGCUCUACGAACCCUUAUUGCUCCAGAAUGCCGAAACAAUACGAUCAGUGCCGAAGCAGACUCGGCAAUAUGGACCUCACGAACGACAAAGUCUGGACAUCUACACGCCUGAAAAGCCGAACAUGACCAAUGGUCGUAAACCAGUACUAAUGUUCCUGUACGGCGGAGGCCUGGUCAUGGGACACAAGACACUACCAGGAUACGCUGGAGACUUGUGUCAUGCAAACAUCGCCUCGUUCUACGCACUCAAAUUUGGCUAUACCGUGGUAGUUCCCGACUAUCGAUUGGUAGGAAAGCACGAUGCUGUCUUUCCGUCGGGAGGCGAGGAUAUAGCCUUGGCCGUAGAGUGGCUGCUCGCGAAUCCCGCGGUCGCUGGCGAGGAGCCUUUAGAUCUCUUUCUUAUGGGAAACUCUGCAGGAGGUCUGCACCUUUGCACGUUCCUGCUACAUCCCUCGUUCGAGGCAACUCGAUCAAAAGUCUUGUCUGGAAACGCCACACGGUUGAGAGGCGUCAUACUGCUCUCGGUGCCCUUCAGCUUCGAUCACGCCAAAUCUGAUCGAGCUGCAGUGAAUGAGGCCUAUUUUGGCAGCGACAUGGGAAAGACUAAAUCGCCUCUUGGACUCCUCCGAUCAGCUGCAAAACAAGGAACCAUCGAUUUCGCUCACGCAGGCACACGCAUCUUCGUUCUGAAUGGCGAUCUUGACCCUGUUGACGAGAUCAUGCACCCUCGAGAUGAGUUUGUCAAAGAAUGGAUGUCGAUCAACACUGUAGAGAGCCGACGUGCUCUUGCAGUCGAUAUGAUGCUCGGACAUAACCAUAUUUCCCCAUUCGCCUCCCUUGGAACUGGUGCGGAUGAAGAGGAAGCUUGGGGUUAUCAAGUAGGUACAUUCUGUGAGAACAUAAGAAAGUUCAAGCCUUCCGUGAGAUGA